AGGUACAUAGCGUCAAAGACAAACCAAACACGUACCAAAAGUCACGUUAUAUGAGAAAGGCACACCAAGAAAUAUCCCAAGAAUAUUUGGCUACAAAGCGGAUGUCUUUUUGAUAUUAGGGGGGAAAUGUGCAACACCGGCGGAGGUGGUGUGACUCAUGCGUGCGUAGUAACGAAUAAAUAGGCAAUGUACGCUUUAAAUAUCAGCACAUCAAAUGUACAUCAGCAAAAAAAGGUCAGCGUGCAUGGAAUUUCACAGUGAACUAUUCUUCAACCCGACGUUUUUCCAGGACUGUUUAACGCACAUUUUACACAUCACAUUUUUGGAGGACUUAAUUUGGUCAGUGUCUCGUAGUUCUUUUUUUGGACUCUACCUGUUCACCUGUAUCCAUCACCAGCACGUGAGUGGGACUUUUCAUCUCUGCUAAAAUAAGAGGGUGUUCGCAGAAAGUGACAGCGCGCUUUGAAGUGAGGACUUUUGUAGGCUACUGUGUCUCAGGACUGAUGGCGGCGUCUGCACCUUCCUCCUCUGGCGGCGAACCGGAUCCCAACUCGACAAAUUUACGACCACCAGGCUCAAGCUAUGACGCCUGGUGUGGAGUUGCUCAUGGAUGUACUAGAAAACUGGGAAUGAAGAUAUGUGGAUUUUUGCAGAAAAAUAACAAUCUGGAGGAGAAGAGUCGGAUUGUGGGUUCCUUCCAGGAACAGUCGUCUAAGAAUCAGCUGUCUUGUGACAACAGCGACAGAGAUACCCGUUUCAGACGCACCGAGACGGACUUCUCCAAUCUUUUCGCUAGAGAUUUAUUGCCGGCCAAAAAUGGAGAGGAACCAACCAUGCAGUUUAUGUUGGAGAUUGUGGACAUUCUCACCAACUAUGUCCGCAAGACAUUCGAUAGGUCCACCAAAGUGUUGGACUUUCACCACCCUCACCAGCUCCUGGAGGGCAUGGAGGGCUUCAACCUGGAGCUCUCUGACCAACCAGAGUCCCUGGAGCAGAUCCUGGUGGACUGCAGGGACACUCUGAAAUACGGAGUGAGGACAGGUCACCCCAGGUUCUUCAACCAGCUCUCCACAGGGUUGGACAUCAUUGGCUUGGCGGGAGAGUGGCUCACCUCCACAGCAAACACUAACAUGUUCACCUAUGAGAUCGCCCCGGUGUUUGUGCUCAUGGAGCAGCUGACCCUGAGGAAGAUGAGGGAGAUCGUGGGCUGGCCCAACGGAGAGGGAGACGGGAUCUUUUCGCCAGGAGGCGCCAUCUCCAACAUGUACAGUGUCAUGAUCGCCCGCUACAAGUUCUUCCCGGAGGUGAAGACCAAAGGCAUGACGGCCGCUCCCAGACUGGUCCUGUUCACCUCAGAGCACAGCCACUACUCCAUAAAGAAGGCCAGCGCAGCUUUGGGCUUUGGAACCGAGAACCUGAUUCUCCUGAGCACAGAUGAGAGGGGAAGGGUCAUCCCUGCUGAUCUGGAAGCCAAGGUCCUGGACGCUAAGAAGAGGGGAUGUGUUCCGAUGUUUGUGAACGCUACUGCGGGAUCCACGGUGUACGGGGCGUUCGACCCCAUCAACGAGAUUGCAGACAUCUGUGAGAAGUACAACAUGUGGCUGCAUGUAGAUGGGGCGUGGGGAGGUGGCCUGCUGAUGUCCAGGCAGCACAGGCACAAGCUGAGCGGGGUGGAGAGGGCCAACUCUGUCACCUGGAACCCUCACAAGAUGAUGGGCGUUCCUCUGCAGUGCUCUGCUAUCCUAGUCAGGGAACGGGGAGUUCUAGAAGGCUGCAACUCCAUGUGUGCAGGCUACCUCUUCCAGCCUGACAAACAGUAUGACGUCACGUAUGACACCGGUGACAAGGCCAUCCAGUGCGGAAGACACGUGGACAUCUUCAAGUUCUGGCUCAUGUGGAAAGCAAAAGGAACAGUAGGGUUUGAACAGCACAUUGACAAGUGCCUGGACCUCUCAGCGUAUCUCUACAACAAAAUCAAGGACCGAGAGGGCUACGAGAUGGUCUUCCAGGGAGAGCCUCAGCACACCAACGUGUGUUUCUGGUACCUUCCCCCGGGGAUGCGCGGCAUGCCUGACGGGCAGGAGCGGAGGGAGAGGCUGCACAAGGUGGCGCCCAAGAUCAAGGCCAUGAUGAUGGAGUCUGGAACCACCAUGGUGGGCUACCAGCCCCAGGGAGACAAGGUCAACUUCUUCCGCAUGGUCGUCUCCAACCCCGCGGCCACCAGAUCAGACAUCGACUUCUUGACCGACGAGAUCGAGAGACUUGGCCAGGACUUGUAAGGACCCACACGUCCCUGCAAGGUGUGGCUCUCAUCUCACCCACGUCCUGCCCAGACCUCCGCUCUGCUUCCUGUCCUCUGUGUCACUCAAGUAAACGUUUAAGACUUUGAAUCUUUAGCUCAGUCCUUACCAUUCGUCUAUGCCGCAAAAUGGACUGGCCUAAAUGGUUCAUGUCUUGCCUCUCUUUAGCAGUCAACAUGCCAUAGUUCGACCUGACAUAUUGUAUAGCUGCCUAUAGAAGUAUCCAUACUGACUCACUGAUCGAACUUGAAAGACUUAACCUGUUGCUACAGAGCACAAUGCAAGGGACCUCAUGGCAUAGAUAUUAUACAUUACAUAGCAUUAUAAUAUACAAUAUACACUAUAUUGUACUGGCUGCUGGUGCUGUGUGAUGUCCAUGUAAUUAUCAAGUAAGAUAAGCACCGCCCCCUUGUGUUUGAGCUGUUCUUUCCCUUUCAUAUUGAGUAGUGGGAUGUGUAACACAGUCAUUGUAACAGGUAAUCUAUUGCUGUUUUUAGAGCUGAUGAAUUUUGUGUAGAUUGUGUAUAGUAUUGUUACAUUGCUUUUGUGACAGAUAUGUGUCUUAGUUUUACAAUGGGGAAACCCCAAUAUAGAAAAUCCACAAAAUAUAUGUAUUUAAAUAGAUGAAUCACUUUAUUUAUACCAAGAGAUUAUAUGUGUGAGAGAAUAAUCUAGUAUAUUCUUCCAUUUGUAUUGUAUCCUUAUUUAUACUUUGAAACACAAAUGUAUAUUAUCAAACUGUUUUCAAUAACAUUGAAGGUAUUUUAGUGUAUUUGUGAACCAAAGAAGAGUAUAAUUAUGAAUAAGUGUAUACAGCCCUCCACAUAACCUAUAGAUGGAUUAAGAUAUAUAUAUAUAUAUAUAAAAUAUACAGUAUAUAGGAAUAUGUAAUUUGACACCCUCAGUGCAAUCUAUGUUGUGUAACUGUAAUAUGACAUUGUAGAUUGAUGAAUGUUCUCGUCACAUGACCGUGGGGUGUAAGAGAAGCACAAUACCCGACCACACCCGCCCCCUUUCACGUUAAGAAACUCAGUCCAGUCCAAUAUAUCUAUAAACGAUCGCAUUCCUUAUGUUUCAAGUGUAUGCACAAUAUUCCCCUGUGAGAAACGACAUGUUGCGAAGCUCACUUUAACGGUACGACUGCACAGCCACGCCUGGGUUUGUCCUGUGCUGCACAGCCAGGACUGGGUUUGUCCUGUGCUGGAUCUGAUAACUGUACAUUCCUGGAUGAACGGGAUGAUGGAUCCCUUGUCAGUUUAGGCACUUUAACCUCCUACCAUGUGCAAAGCAUUACUGUUAUAUUUACAGCACUAAUAAACAUCUCUGCUUUAAAACAUCU